AGAGGGAGAGACCUGAGAAGGAGCUGGUGGGCGUAGCGCCUCCCGGGACAAACCGCCGCACAGUGUGAAAGUAACUGCAGGAAGAGGGACGCGUCGUUGGAGCGGAUUUUUUUUGGGGGGGAACGAAAUAGGGGACGGAGGCUGAUUUCUGUCUUGAGCUUGCAGCGCUUUUUAAAGCUUGCCCACGCUGUUGGUGUCCGGCAUAUUUCCUUGGAGGAAGCAAUGCGGAGAGAGGAGAGAGGUCAAGACAAAGUCACUUCUGGCACUGAAAAGAGGUGAAAACCCGCUAAUAACGGAGUGAUCCUAUAAUUUAUUUUAUUUAAAAAAGUGAACUCUUGCUUUCUAUAUAUUUUUUUUAAAUACAAGAUAAAACGUUUAGCACGUAAUAUCAGCCUCCAUCAACCGGCUGGGAUUAUCUUUCCUAAAGGUAAAUGUGGAUCCAAUGCAUGCAAAGAUGAGUAAAAUGUGCAGUAGUGACAGCUGAAUGGAGACGCGCGGAGCAUCGUCCACAGAGAGCGGAUCGAAAACCAGAGCGCACUGUGGUUUCUGAGUUCCGCUUCAGACACCGGAUUCCAGCAGUAUCAGCCCUCGGCAGUUUUUUUUUUUUUUCUUGUUUUUUUUUUUUUUAGUUUUCGCUUCUGAUUAAUCGAUCGUGUGGACAAAAAACACAGGAAAUAUCUCAGUAAAGAGUGGCUGUGCGCCGGUUUAACUGGAGCGUCACAUCCAUCUUUUCUUUCAUUCCUGUCCCAGCUGAUUUGUGGACCGCUGUGGGUCAGAGCGGCUGCCGCCGGGCGGUUUAGGGGUCUUUUUGGUGCAUGCUCAGCGGGAACUAAACUGAAACGCCUUGUUUCCCCCUCACCAUCCUUAAGGACCCGUUGCGCGGCGACAAACACGGAGAAAAGUGGAUAUGAUGGCUUAUUUGGCUUAAAGACGCGUGUGAGAUCAGGAGGAGGAUUAUUUAAGAGGCUCUUUUCUGAGGAGGGGUAUUCACCUGGCUUAUCAAGCAAGGAGAGAUAACACCAGGAGACGCAAAGGGCUUUGGAUCCAUUUCCCUCAGUCCCUCCUCUUUUCUGUCCAUCUACCUGUCACUGUGACUGCAAUUUAUCUUCAUGUUGAGUCCUAAUCUAACACACCAUAUCAGAUAGAGUUGCCCUGUUUCCUGGGGAGGAUAAUGGAACGGCUGUGGUUCUCUUUUCUGUUGCUGGCAGCAGCAUGCAGAGGACAGUCGUGUCCAAAACGCUGCAUGUGCCAGAGCCUCUCUCCAUCACUCGCUAUCCUCUGCUCCAAAACAGGUCUGCUCUUUGUUCCCACUGCCAUUGAUCGACGCACAGUGGAGCUACGUCUUCAAGAAAACUUCAUCACAGCGGUCCGAAGAAAAGACUUUGCUAACAUGACCAGCUUGUUACAUCUGACGCUGUCCAGAAACACCAUAAGUCAGAUUCUUCCUUCAGCAUUCAGUGAUCUGCGGCGACUGAGAGCGCUCCAUCUGGACUCCAACAGAUUAACUGUGAUAAAGGACGACCAUUUCAAAGGUCUUACUAACCUUCGCCAUCUGAUACUGGCCAAUAACCAGCUCCACUCCAUAUCUCCUCACGCCUUUGAUGACUUUGUGACUACUCUCGAAGAUCUAGACCUCAGUUACAACAACCUUGACCAGGUGCCGUGGGACACGAUUGGGCGUCUCACCAAUGUCAAUACCCUGAAUAUGGAUCAUAACCUCAUAGAGAAUGUUCCCCAGGGAGUUUUUACCAAUUUACACAAACUGGCCAGGCUGGACAUGACUUCUAACAAGCUGAAGAAGAUUCCCCCAGAUCCGUUGUUCCUGAGAAUCCCAGUAUAUGCCAAGUCUAAAGGCUCCCCACUCUCUUCUCUUGUGUUGAGUUUUGGUGGAAACCCACUUCAUUGCAACUGUGAGCUUUUGUGGUUAAGGAGACUGACCAGAGAAGAUGACCUCGAGACGUGUGCAUCCCCUUCAGAUCUCAGCGCCAAAUACUUUUGGACGAUACCGGAAGAAGAAUUUAUUUGUGACCCACCAGUUUUGACUCGAAAGUCACCUCAUACUGUUGCUAUGGAAGGCCAGCCUGCAAGUCUAAAAUGUAAAGCAAAUGGAGACCCAGAGCCUGAGGUCCACUGGAUCAGCCCUGAGGGCCGACUUAUAUCCAAUGGCUCCAGAACUUUAGUUUUCCCCAAUGGAAGCCUGGAAAUCAACGUUACGUCCCUGAAGGAUUCAGGAAACUUCACCUGUAUCGCCUCAAACGCUGCAGGUGAAUCUACAGGAAGGGUGGAGUUAGUUGUGACAGCUGUGCCUCAUCUUGCAAACAGCACAAGCCGCAGCCGAGAUCCUUCUUCUGAGCCAGCGCCCUCUGACAUCCUGACCUCCUCCAAAGUCGCAAUGCUUAACAACGAAACAAGAGGGGCUGACAGGAGGGUAUCAUUGGUGGAGCUCACAGGAAACUCUGCCCUCAUUAGAUGGAGCAGCCAAACUCCUACAUCCGGAGUGAGAAUGUUCCAGGUCCAGUACAACAGCUCCGGGGAUGACACGUUGGUUUACAGGAUGAUUCCAUCCACCACCAAUGAUUUUCUUGUCCGGGACCUUGCUGCAGGACGCAGCUACGAUCUCUGUGUCCUGGCUGUAUUUGAUGACAUCAUCACAUCACUGACUGCAACGCGACCUCUGGGCUGCCUCUCAUUCACCACAGACACUGAGUUCAGUCAGUGUCAAGCACUUCAUAGCCACUUCUUGGGUGGCACUAUGAUCAUCAUCAUUGGAGGAAUUAUAGUUGCAUCUGUGCUGGUUUUCAUCAUUAUUUUAAUGAUCCGAUACAAGGUUUACAGUCAUCAAGGCACUGGCCAUGGAAAAGCAACCAUUGCAGGGACAGCGCCAAGGCCACAGAGCAACGGACAAGGAGGCAGCCAGGUUCAAGUCCUUCCUCACUCUGCCUCAAAGAUGACAGACAGUCAGGACGAACAGGUGCUGUUGCCUUCUAGGGCUAUGUCACCUAGCAACACUACGAAAGACACUGUGGCAUUGGUCGAGGAGGAGAGCAGCGAACAGAGCGUCAUGGCAAAGACAGACUCCUUGGCUAAUGAGGAGUUGCUCUCCCCAACCAAGGCCCGCUUCUCUUCCAGGGUUUCCAUUGAGAUGAAAAUAAGACCAUCAUCUGUCACCAAAGAUCCCUCAUCUCCCAUGGAACUAGCAGAACCCUGAAGUUGCUAUUCUGGCAGAUGUGGGAAAACAAACAUCACCAGACAGAAGAAGUUGGUGAAAACUCUCAAGACAAAAAGGCCCUGAAGCCCAUCUCCCUGCAUCUCCUGUUUCCUGCAUCUAUUUCUUUCUUUCUUUGAAUAUCAUGGUGUUAUAGACCUUUACAGUCCGAUUUGCUUUCAAGUGCUUUUACUAGUUAUUGCAUCUGGAUUGGACUACCGGUCAAGACGUGGUGAUGGUGGGAUCAUCAGAAUUACUUGUAAUCUAAGGGCAUUUUUCGAUCAGUAUCAGCGGGGAAAGUGGAACGCUGAGGGGAAAAAAAAUGAGCUGAAAAACAACACGGGCCUAUGAUAAUUAUUAACAAUAAAGUCGAUAGAAAAUACAAAGUAACAACCACUAUCAGGAGCAGCAUCAAUACAGACUGAGUGGAUGGUAUAAAGACACAGCAAAUAAAUUCAUCAUCAUGAAACAGAACAUGGAUUUAAUGGUAACCAUACACCGACAGGCUGUACAUUUCAAGUCUGAUGUUUUAUAUAAACACACCCUAACCUGACACACAUGGGACAUAUGCAGACGUUGACUCCGUGAAGCUCUAUUUUAUUAAUCAAUACUGAAUAACACAGUUCUGUUAAAUGUCGAUAAACUAAGCUGUUCCACUGGCUGCUGAGCUGGAAGUGGAUCUGUACCGUGACUGGGCCAUGCUAUCUCCUAAUUAGAAUCCAUCCUCUGGAAAUGACAAAGUAGGCAGAAAACACAAACUGAUCAAGACUCCUAUGGAGAGAAUGGACAAAUCUGGACACACUGGAGCCUACUCUGGAAAUCUAUGUUGAAUCAAUAAGGGAAGAUCUGUGCUAGACUACACAGUACUCAGUGUGCUACUGCUCAAGUCCUGUAUGCAUCGUUUAUCACUGGACGGGGUAAAGACCUUAAGGACUGUGAUCGACUUCUCUCACAUCUCUUCAGAAGCCUCUAAGCAGAUCCAGUCCUCAGAUAGAAAGCCAUUUGCUGAGAGCCAAGAAUUACAAAUGAAGGAUUCGGAAGUAAUCUAAAGUAGCAGGAUACCAGAGCACAUCAGUCAUUAUUGAUAUCAUAUAUCACUUUAUCAUAGUGUCCUUCACUACAUGUCACAAAAUGGUUUAAUGUGAAGAAAAAAAUGCAGUAUUACCAUAAAGUACUCUACAAGCUGUGUUAUUAACAUCAUGACUGCUGUCAUUCAGGUACAAUUUGUCUUCAUUAUCACAUCUGAGUACAUUUACGUGCACACAACACUGGUGAUAGCUACACACAUCUCAUUUUUAUUUUUACUCACAAUUUCACCUCUGAAUAUGUCUUCUAAGUAUUGCUAUAAACCAAUAGUCAGUAUUUUCCAGGCUUCUCUGUAAGAGUUUUUUUUUCCUAAUUUGCGAUAAUUUUACAAGAUGAAAUGAGAUUAUUGGCCAAAUCCGAUAUAUACUAACCUUGUGUGUGCACUUAUUUGCACUAGUUUCUGUUUCACAGUGUCACCAUAUAUUUGGCCAUAUUGGUGUUUACACAGUUCCCUGCUGAUAUAGUUACAAUUGGUAGACCAGGAAAUGGGUGGAGAACCAUAAAAGACCCACACUAGAACAUGCACAUCACAAUAAGAAAGGAAAAUCAAAAAAAAAACAUAAGUCCCUAGUCCUCACUUCUCCCCUCAUGUGUUCCUCUCACUUUUCUGGGGGGGCUUUAUAUUUUCUAUGUGUACAUAAAGCAAUUCAAAAUCUAUAGUUUUGUACAUGUAAUUUUUAUGGUGUGUGGAUAUUUUCUAAUAAAAGGAAACAAAAUGAAUCA